AAACAAGAUACAUCUAUACAAAAAACAACAUUUAUUAAAAAGUAAUCUUGCAUUUCGUUGACAACUAUUAACGUCAUUGUUAUUACGGAGCUGAGUAUUGGCAGUAAGAGUUUUUAUUUUGCAAUCAGUCUAGUUACAGAAACUACAAGUAUUUUGUAAAUUUCCGAUUUCAUUUCUGUCUCCUAAAAGUCAUGAACAUUUAAUGUUCAGUAAAGCAAUUUUGCAUUUGAAACGUUUGUUGCAGACGGUCUUGAACACAACUUAGCUCACCAAACUCGCCUUCUUUCAUAUGAUGGAUCCCAAAUCAAAUCCGUUAAAAGUUUUAGACAGCCUUGCUGCAUUUUGGAAUGCAAAGGAUAAAAAAGAGACGCCAUUUGACCGAAUAUCUCAGUUUUGUAACUCGGACAUACUUUCCUUCUUGCUACAACUGUUAGAGGAUUUGGCAAGUGUUGAUGUUACAACCCCUAUUAGCGUCAACUCCCUUAAAUUGCUUCAGUUUAUUGUUCACCUUACUGUGAUUACUGGAGUGUAUACGCAAUUACCCAGCGAAGUGCUAUCUGAUAGAAAACGUGCUUCCAUCCCUCCUCAGUAUUUACCUUCUAUUCCUCUUGCUGAGGUGUAUCAACGUCUUCUGAAACUUGUUCUAUUUGACAGUCUCGUCCAAAAACCACUAUCUCUUCAUUUACCAGAACUCCUAGCUACUAGCAUCGUUUUACACCUUGAACGAAUUCAUAAGGUAGAAGGUUCUCAAAAUAGUCUCGAUAUAAAGCCCUCAACUACUGAACAAAGUCAUGCUACCGGCCAUAAACUAAACAAUGCUGACUUAACCGGGUUCCCAGAAGAAGGCUUCCCACUCUCAGAUAAUCCGGCCAUGAAUAUUUCUAUGUGUCUACAGAUCUUGCUGCCGAAAGCACCUCAAGACUUUAAGGAUAUCGUAACAAGAAUACUUACGAAGUCAAUCUGUGCGCCGGAAGGAGUGAAAGCGUUUCUUGCUGUGUUUAUGCAGCCCGAUCCUAAUUCGGUUGACAGGGCUAAGAAGGCUGCUUCCUUAAUUACUUCAGUGCCCAGUUUUUUAUCUACAGAGGCAUAUUUUGACAUAAUAUUCCCCCAACUUUGGACCUUAAUGAAGUCACAUUCUCGUCUAGCUUCGUACGCUAUUCUGUCGCUUUUACAUAAUCAUGCGGAGUUGUGCGAGACAUACUUUCAGCCGUAUUUUGAGAUCCUAAAGACAAAGUCCGUUGUUGAUAUCUCUCCCGUUGAAGAAGUAUUAUCACGCUUAGACGCACUUCUUCGUACUAAUGAUCCUUCCGUUGGUAAUUUAUGUGUUCCUAUUACGUCCUCUUUGUUUCAUCUGUUUCAGUUUGCGUCUGUAAAGCAGCUUGUUCUAGAAAUCCUCACUUCACUAUUUCAUAUUAAUGGGGUCAAGAGUUUCCUUAACCAAGAAACCGAUUACGACUCUUUGCUGGAAUUUCUGAACACAUUAUCACAGAACGAAAUAACAAAAUGCUUUCCGGCUGUACUGGAAGAAUGGGUGGAAAGCGACCCACAGGAGCGUAUUAAACUUUACGAUGUGUUAUUCUUCAUGCUCUCUAAAGUUGAUACAGAUUUAUUAUCUCCCAAAAGCGUUGCCGCCCUUGUUUUCAGACUUAGUGAAAAGCUUAAUGAUGCUGAAUUCGCUAAAAAUUCUCUUUUUGUAGUUCCUUCUGAAGAACGUGCGGUACAAAUCAAAGAGAAGGAAGAUAUUGUAACCGUUUUGUUACAGUUGCUAUCGACUAUGGCUUCUAAACGUACCUCAAACGUGUUUGAGGAAGAAACUCCCAGGGUUAAAACAAUGUUAAGACAGUACCUGGGUUCAGGUCAGCCUGUUAUUUGUGAAUUAGCUCGAGAUAUUCUCCAGCACCUCGGUGAUUCUCAAGAUGACUAUAGAACUGCGCUAUCUUAUCUUCACAGUGAAGACGUACCUACUCGUGGUGAGGGUGUUUACAUUUUGCGAAAGUUAGUUGAAAAUGACUCUCCCAAAAUUUCACCAAUCCAAAUACUUCAAACAUUUAUCAAUCUUCUAAGAGAUGAAGAUAGCUACGUUCAUUUGAACGUAAUAUCCGGCCUUGUCUCACUUUCUGAGAAAUAUGACAAUAUUGUACCAAUACUUCUACAAGAAUAUGCAAACUCUCACAAACAUGAUACUACAGAACGCUUAUUGCUGGGACAAGCGAUUUACCAAACAAUGGAGCGACUAGGUGAACUGGUGCCAAAAUUCUACUCAAAUAUUGAAAAUGCUUGCGUGAGUGUUAUUGACUCUGAGGAAACUGAACUUCAAGUUUCCGCGCUUAACAUUGCCAGUCUUUUGCUAAGAACACGAGACAGUGACUUAUUGAUAGCUAAAGCUGUCGAUAUAUUGAACCUGAAAGCCGAGGACUCAAAUAAGUUUCAACGAAGAGCUGCUAUCCAAGUCAUCAGCGAGUCAAAACACCUUAAUUCAACGGCAAUCACUGCCUUGAAGUAUAUAAGCCAAUUUGACGGUGAUGAUUUUGUUCGGAAUCAAGCUGCAGUGGCUUUGCAAAACGGUAUUGAGCGGAAUGUGAUGUAUUUAGAAUAAUGACUUAAACUUGUCAAUUAUAAAAAUGAUUGUGUAAAAAUAUUAUUUCGUUUCCUUAGUAAAUCAUGAGAACCGU